AUGAAAGUCUUUAUGAGUUCGCCAUGGAUGGUAGUAACAGUGUUGUUGCACUUGUUAUCACUUACAACAUGUGAUAGUGACUCAGGUUCUAAUAAUUUAAUAGGUGAUGAGAAACAGAUUGUGAUUACCAAUGGAGGCAAAGAUGGUGCUAGACUUAAGACGAUGAUUAUCGUGCCCACAUUAGAAAAGCCCAAAAGCUUAAAAUGUAAUGAUGAAAUCUAUAAGGAUACCGAUUGGUCAUCUAUGGGUUUUGGUGUUACACAGGAUUUGUAUACCAAAUUAGCAGAUAGGAUUGAUGUGUUAGAUCAAGAAGGACAGUGUGACGCAUGGUUCUACUUGUUGACUACAGCUGAUAUAAAGUUGAUUGAGCAAACGAUUAAUGUGAUUCUUAAUAGCGGUAUAGGACGAAAGGAAUCCCAAGAUAGUGCUUAUAAUAAUUUACGUAAUGCUGUCGAACAGUUGUUUGAAGAGAAAAAGAACUACGUGCCUGAUUGGGAAUAUAUGGGGAUAGUGGAAUACCCAGAUCCUGAGAUAGAAAGCUUACAAUGUAAUGAUGAACUUUAUAAGGAUACAGAUUGGUCGUCUAUGGAGUUUGGUGUAAUUGAGGAUUAUUAUAUUAAAUUAGCCAGUAGGAUUGAUGAGUUAGAUCAAGAUGGACAAUGUGACGCAUGGUUUUACUUAUUGAUGUCCCCUAAUCCAGAAUUGAUUGAAGAAACAAUAAAUGUGAUUCUGCAUAAUGGUAUUGGACGAAAAGAAUCUCAAGAUAAUUCUUAUAAUAAUCUACGUACUGCUGUUGAACAGUUAAUUGAAGAGGAAAAGAACUAUGUGUCUGAUUGGGAAUAUGUUGGGACAGUGGAAUUCCCUGACUCUGGACUGGAAGAUCAGGAGCCUAUCUUUUACAUAGAUGAGGAUGAAUUUUAA